AUGGGGACUAUAAGUGCAUUUGCUACUGGCGGCAGUAUUGGGGAGGCUGUACCGCUGAGAGGGAUUACUGCAGAGGAAAGUACGACCCCAUCGGCUGUUCAGAAGAUAAAACAGCUUCUUAAAGAUAAACCUGAGCAUGUAGGUGUGAAAGUAGGUGUUCGUACGAGAGGGUGCAAUGGACUUUCUUACACAUUAGAGUAUACAAAAUCGAAAGGAGACUCUGAUGAAGAAGUAGUUCAAGACGGGGUUAGAGUGUUUAUUGAGAAGAAGGCACAGCUGACACUUCUAGGAACUGAAAUGGACUAUGUAGAAGACAAACUGUCCAGUGAAUUUGUCUUCAAUAAUCCAAACAUCAAAGGAACAUGUGGCUGUGGAGAAAGCUUUAACAUCUGAAAUCUCAGGACUACUUUGGCUUUGAACACCACAAAACACUUGCUAUUAUGGCUUUUGGAAGCAUAUGCAUUUUCUUCAGGUUCGUAGGCUGCGUAAAGUGUGGAUACCAUUAAGAAAAAUAAAGUUAAAUCAUUUUGAAAAUGUAGAUUUUGUGUUAAAUUCCACCGCUGAUGUAGUUAUGCUGUAAUUUCUGAUGAGUUGGGAUCCAAAAGGUAAGAAGUGCUGUAGUAACAUAUCUGUACUUUCACAUGCCAAGGAAAUAAAAUCUCACUGUUCUUUUCCUUUGUCAUUUUCUUUGUCUACUCUAGUCAACUUUCCCAUCCAAAACCUAUUUGGAAGAAUAUAUUUCCUAUGUGUUCUGCUUUGAUUUGGGGAAAAGAGGGAAAGGGGAAAAAAAAAAACCCAAACCAAAAAAACCCCAACCAUUUAGAGGUGUUUGUUUAUAAAGAUUUAUAUACACAGGCACACAGUCCUCAGCUUCAGAGUUCACUAUGAUUAUGUAGAUGCUUGCUUUGCUUUUGUAGUUUUUCCUGGUGCUUUCAUCUUUUUAUGUAUGGAUUUUCUGGUGGUUUAUUUUCCCAUAAAUCCGGGGAAGUCCAAAAAGAUGUUCAUGUAUUAGUAUAGUGGCUACCAUAGCACUGCUUGUAGAAAUACUUUAAAAUGGGCUAACCCAAUUUUAAUUCUGUUCCUUUCCUUGUUGAAGGCACAGUCUCUGCUGUGCUUAGAAAGUCGUUUUCGAGAACACGAAAUAUAUUCAGGCACUGGAGUACUAAAGCAGGAUACACACAGGCCUUGUUUCUUGCAUUUCUGUUUAUCUUUCUUGGCUUAAAUUGCAAAGUUGGUAAAACUGCCUCUAGAUUCUGAUUUCCCCAUGUUCACAGAAUGUGCUGUCUGUGCACCAAAACCUAUGAACGUUUUUUUUGAGAGAGAAAUCUUAACAUUUUUCAUUACUGUUUUUUUUUUGUAGUCAUGUCUGCUACUAAUUUUGUUACAGCUUGAGCUCUGGUUUGUAACUCUGUAGGCACUAGGGUUUUUCACCAAAGCUUACAGUAACUUCUGUUUAGCUCCUGUCUUGAGGUUAAUUUGGUAACAGGACAAAAAGAAUUUGUAACUUAAAAAAACCUAGUAUGUCAUAAUUGUUUUAAGUUACUCUAGACAGUAAUUAAGAUAUUAUGUUUAUAGGAGGCUGUUUUUUCUUUGGAAUUUAAACUUACUUUCACCUAAGCAGAAUUUUGUUUUUGUAAGCCAGUGUUUUUGAAGCUUAUAAAGUCUUCAGCACUUCUUUGCUCAUGCUCAGGCAGCAGUGUAAAUGUCUCUCCAGGCCUUCCCAAAAGCUGGUACGAGAAAAGUACUGUUCCAUCCUUUUAUCUCCAUGUUUCCCCGAUUGUCCAAAGAUGACGUUGCGCGGCUAAGCUGCUCACUUGUGCCGAAGAGAAGGUAAUAUGUCUGCCUGGGCAGCUGAUCGGAACAGCUGGUGAAAAGGGUGCAGGAAGAAAGUAGGGGACAACAGGGACUGGGAUCUUGCAGUCAAGGAGAAGGAGGUGUUGAGAUGGGAGUGAACUGGGAACAUUAAGGCUGCAUGUUGAAAAUCCCGAGGUCGUGUUGAUCUGGACAGUUGUACCCAUGUGCCUGACAAUAACUUUGGAAUAGUAACGUGCUGAAGACAUAGGAUUGUACCUACAUUUUAUUCUUCCCUCUACAGCUUUUCCCAAAUGGCUUGGGAAAAGGUGUAGAGGGGAAGAAUAAAAAUAAAAAACCAGAGUAAUUCUUGGUCUGUUUUAUGUAGUGCACAGGAACAGAAGGUCAGAAUUUCCACACCUGUAGUUUAAUAUUAAAUACUUGAAUUUUGGUUGUAUGCUAUUUCACCUUUUGAUGUAAAAACACUAUUUCCUUCAACAGUCAGCUGUUGUACACAGUUACUUUAUAUAGUAAUUCAGGAAUUACUGGUAAUACACUGUCUGGGUGCGUUUAUAGCGCCGUUAAGUCUUUCAGUCUUGCCAAACAAAAAAAUGCAGUUAAUGUGAUAUAGCUGCAUUAAUAUGUUUAAAACUCCAAGCUAAGGGCAUUUCUUCAGAUUGCAUUUCUCUGCUUCGUGCUAGAGGAUAGGAGUUUGAAUGUGGUAGCACUGGUGGUUGCUAAGACUGCUAGAACUUACUAAUUUAACUUGUUUUGGUGUGGUUUCGGGUGGGAGGGUUGGUUUGGGGUUUUUUUAGACUUGUGGCACAUAUAGCAGUCCUUUUCAUGUGUUUUGUGUAUAUGCCUUGAAUGAAAGUUUGCACUUUCAUACUCCCA